AUGCUCAACUUCAACUCAACAGAUACGUUUGCUCAAAAUGUUGCCCCGCCGCUUCUCGAAACACCAGAUGUUCGAAAGGCGCGGAUUGCACAAGAAGCCGUGGCGCUUGAAACCAGUAAGCGUAUUGACGCCGAGCUCAAGGCUAGGCGUAUCGCGUUGCAGAAGAAGCCACCAGUGAAAGUUCUUGUGCUUGGUCAAUCAGAAUCUGGAAAGACUACGACUAUAAAAAGUAAGCGGACGGACGCGUACGUACGAUGCUUGGAGGCGCUUAGGCCGACAAUGCCCCACAGAUUUCCAAAUGACCUACGCCCGUCAAGCUUGGGCACAGGAGCGGAAUUCAUGGCGGCCGAUAAUUUACCUGAACAUUGUGAGAUCCGUGAACUGCAUCACCACUAUACUUGGCUCGGAGCCCGAUGCCUUGAGGUUAGCCGGUGGCUUGACAUUGGGAUCAAGUUCACACUAACGCUCCAGCUAGGGAAGAUUCGCAUCGCCCUCCCACCUUAUCCAGUCACCUUCAGGUCCUGCUGCUUCGUCUGGGACCCAUUCGACGAAUACAGGAGAUACUGGAACGCCUCUUUAGUUCCGCUACCAUUUCAGCCACAUCACAACUCGGUUCUCGACCGCAAGUGCAAGGAUGAUAUCAUCGCCCUGUGGUCUGAUGAUACAGUCCAAGACCUUCUCGCUCGUCACAAUGUCAAACUUAGAGAUAACCCGGGAUUUUUUUUGGACGACGUGGACCGGAUUGCCUCCCGAGGCUACGAACCGUCAGACAAGGACAUCGUACGCGCUCGCUUGCGCACACUCGGUGUACAGGAAUACCGAUUUUCAUUGGACACGGCUGACGGCCCGCAAACCGAAUGGGUGAUGUACGAUGUCGCUGGCUGUCGCACCCAGCGGGCCGCAUGGAUUCCUUAUUUCACAGAUGUAACGACCAUAUUAUUCCUGGCUCCCAUUUCAGCCUUCGACGAAUGGAUACACGAAGGACGCCGAGUGAACCGCUUACAAGAUACCUACAUGCUUUGGCAGAUGCUCUGCGAAAGUCGUUUACUGACACAUGUGCAGAUCAUUCUGUUCAUGAAUAAAUGUGACCUUCUUGCCAAGAAAUUGAAGGACAAGAGGAUCAAAGUUCGGGAUUAUGUUCUUGACUUUGGGAGUAGACCGAAUGAUUUCAAAACUGUGACCGAAUUCUUCCACAAAGCAUUUAAGGACAUAUUCAAGAAGGGGGACAAGCAAGAGCGCCGUCUGUAUUCUCAUUUUACUUCAGUUGUCGACACGAAGGCAACGGCACUCACACUAUUUGGCGUCCACGAUGCAAUCCUCAAAAGACACAUUUCUAAAGCUGGUCUGUUAUAG